AUGGCAACCGCGGCUCAGGCGAUAUUUAGCGAGUUGAGGGCGCAGAAAUCGGCAACUCCGCUCCAGAGGUCUCAAUCCACCGAAUCUCCCUUGGAAAAUGUGAAGAUCGUUCUGCAGCCUCGCUUCUACACGCUCAAAUCGUACAGUUCGGAGCCCGCGGGAGUGGUUAGGAAAAGGCGGGACGACGACGCGAGGGACGACGUUUCGCCGUUCUUCGAGACUCUAUCGGAGUACGUCGAGAGCUCGAAGAAGAGUCAAGACUUCGCGAAACUAUUUCGCCGUUCUACUUUCAAGCAAAUCUCGAUGAUCCAACAAGAUUUGUUUGUCACCAACAUUUCAACUGCCUGA